CAUGUCUCGGCAUUGUGUUCUCGACACACAGGACUCCUUGUCUACAUCCUCUUUAGACAGCUCUCUUGAGAAUCGCAAGAGAAAGGACAGCCGGGCGCUGGGCCUCUGCGGGCUGUAUCCAGAUGUCUGACACCCCUGCUUCAGCUAUUGUAUCGAGACAUGUCGCACAUUCUCCUGGCAAAUGGAUGGCUUGAGGACUUGACCGCAAGAUAAGGUUCAUGGGUGAAGAUACCAAGCAGAGGGAGGUCCUCGCCUGGCCGGACGUAAGCUCCUGUCUCUGCAUUUCAUUCUUAUGUAGCUUAGGCAGCCACUGAAGUACCCUGCUAACCUGAUGGGAAGGAUCUCAGCCCGGCAUUUCCUGGGCCUCCAAUGAGCAGGACUGUACACAGCACAGCAUUGCAGCUGGGAGAGCAGAGGGUACAAGCAUGUCCCAACAAAGACUCAUCCGGCUGUCUACCCAGCAUCCUACCAGCGCUGUCUAUGUGCUAGGCACAGAAAUCUCCAUUGACAUAUACGGCUCAGCCCCAAAAGAUGCCAUGUGGUUUGAUGCCCGAGGAAGCCCUGGCAUCGACGUCUACAUUGUCCACACCCCUCAGCUUAUGCAGAUGCCAACAAGCGAGCCCAGAUGGCCCCUCGGUGCCGAAGCGGAGGUGGUGGUGACUAUGGGGAGGCCAAGCGACGAUGUCGGAGAUCAUAAGGUUCGGAUACUGUACUAUGGGAAGGAUGUGCAGACUCCGUUGCAGAAAGCCAUGCUGUACCUCACCUGCGUCGAAGUGUCCCUGGAGGCUGACACGACUCGCAGUGGGACAGUGCAGAAGAAAGCAACAGAUAAGAGAAACUGGACUUGGGGGCCAGGUGGGCAAGGAGCCGUUUUGCUGGUGAACUGCGACAGGGAUGAGCCAACGUCUGAGACCAUGGACAAUGAGGAUAAUAGCGUGCAUUCUUAUAAAGACCUCAGGGACAUGUCACUCAUGGUCUUGAGAACUCGGGGCCCGGCUGCAGUUUUUGCUAAUCACAAGUUGGUUCUCCAUGUUUCUGGGUCCGACGCUGAUAAAGUAGGAGUCUUCUAUGCUCACAGCAAUGAACUGGUUGAGCAGCACACGCAUAUCCUAGGACCGGAGAAGCUCUUCUACGUGGUGGAGGAUGCCCGUGGCGAGGAGGAGCACAGGUUCUACGUGGAAGGGCUGGCCUUCCCAGAUGCCGACUUUUCAGGGCUGGUUUCCUUCCAUGCCACAAUGCUGGAUACCUCACACAAGAGUCUCCCCGAGACCCCGAUUUUCACAGACACCGUCGUUUUCCGCGUGGCGCCCUGGAUAAUGACCCCCAACACUCUGCAGCCCCUGGAGAUCUACGUCUGCAGUGCCAGCGACAACACCGAUUUUGUCGAGGCCAUAAGCAACCUUGCCCAGAAAACCAGGUGCAGGCUGACCAUCUGCCCAGAGCUGGAGAACAAGGAUGACCGCUGGAUCCAGGACGAGAUGGAAUUUGGCUACGUGCAGGCUCCCCAUAAGACAUUCCCUGUGGUCUUCGACUCUCCCAGAAACAGGGGGCUGAAGGACUUCCCCAUCCAGAGCAUCUUGGGCCCCGAUUUUGGCUACGUGACUCGUGAACCUCUGAAAAGGGGAAUUUCCAGCCUCGACUCCUUUGGAAACCUUGAAGUCAGCCCUCCCGUGAAGGUCAAAGGGAAGGAAUAUCCCUUGGGGAGGAUCCUUAUUGGAAGCAGCUUCCCCAGGGUUGGUGGCAGGAGGAUGACCAAGGUUGUCAGGGACUUCCUCUAUGCCCAGAGGGUGCAGGCCCCGGUGGAGCUCUUCGCAGACUGGCUCUCCGUGGGGCACGUGGAUGAGUUCCUGAGCUUUGUUCCGGCCCACGACAGACAGGGAUUUCGGCUCCUCUUAGCCAGCCCCAGCGCCUGUUACAAGCUCCUCAAAGAAAAGCAAGAAGAGGGCCAUGGAAAGGCCCAGAUGUUUGAGGGCCUAGAGAAAGUUCCCAAGAAAACUAUAGAAGAAAUUCUGGCCGACGAAGCCCUCAGGAAGGAAAAUGAUUACUUUCAGAGUUGUAUCGACUGGAACAGGGACAUCCUGAAACAGGAGCUCGGCCUGAGUCCGAAGGACAUCAUUGAUAUUCCACAGCUCUUCAAUAUGAAGGACAAGCAAGCCGAGGCCUAUUUCCCAGACAUGGUGAACAUGAUUGUCUUGGGGAAGGACCUGGGCAUCCCCAAGCCUUUCGGACCCAUCAUCGACGGGCAGUGCUGCCUGGAAGAGAAGGUCCGCUCCUUGCUGGAGCCGCUGGGCCUGACCUGCACCUUCAUCAAUGACUAUUUCACCUACCAUAAGCUGCUCGGGGAAGUCCACUGCGGCACCAACGUCCUCCGUAAACCUUUCUCCUUCAAGUGGUGGCACGUGAUCCCCUGAGCAGGGGGCAUUAAAUGCUGACCUGCUUCUCAGCACUUUACAAGGGAGCGGAAGAUCAACUCACAUUUUCCAAGAGAUUGCUUCACCCAGAGCCGGAUUUGUACCUAUAGUAAAAAAUACCACUUUCUACGGGAGCCCAAGGGUUACAGACCCUGCUGUGAAAGCCCCAGCUACUCCUGAGCCCGCUGCCUUUCAUCCCAACCGUGCUGCACACGUCGGGCCCCUGACAUCGCUCCCAGCCAGCUGCCUGAUUGUCCCCUUCCUAGAUUGACUACCUCCCACCAGUUUGUCUUGCCAUGGAAACUCAUGAGAUCUUUAAAAUCCGGUGUGAUCUCAUUUAUUAUCACUAAUUCAGUGCCUCGGUUGCAGCAUAGUAUCAGAAUAGCUUACUUGUAUUCGUGCUCAUAUGCAAAAUAGAAAAGCGUUAUUAGCCCCAUUUUACUGAUGAGGAAACUGAGGCUCAGGUUCUCAAAGCUGUCAAGGUGCCCUUGGCUCAUGGCUUUUGAGGCUCUGCGUCUUAGCAAGUUCCCGAGUCUCACAGGCAACAGGCCAGACUCAGAAACGGAAUAAAAUGUCGUGUCCCGGUUCAGCUGUCCAACCGGGGGAUUUUCUUUCCAUUUUGUUGCAACUCUCAAGUCGUCGUCUUGCUACAGAUUGGAGUGAAACCAAAAUGUGUCACAAAAAUAGGGCUGCCAGGUGCUCCUACGCUCUUCCACCGAGUGGUUAAGCUACCGGCCUGGGAUGAGGGAGAUGCAGGCUCAAUGCCGUUGUCCGAUUCAAAGCAGGUUUUCAUUUCAAAUCACACAGAUUCAGCACAGCUUAAAACCACGUCUCCCACAUGCCAAGCCAGUGACCUUACUACCAGCAACUUCUUGCUUCCCUCAUUCCCUCCCCACCUUUUUUUUAGCUUUUGCAAAACAGCCGAAUUGCUUGAAACGGGGCCCAUACCGCAAACCCACACUUCUGCUACCAAAAGGUGCG